GAUAAAGUUCCCCCUAGAAAAUUACCAACCAUUGAUCUGACCAUACCAUAUCGGUCCGGGAGAUUACUACAUUUAAUUCAGUUUUUAUUAUUUAUAAUAAACCAUGGCUGAUGAGGACGUAAACGGUGAUUCUGACGAAGUUCAGCAAGAAAAAUCACAGAAGAAAACAGCUAAAUAUGACAGCGGAGCUGCGGAUUUGGAAAAAGUCACUGACUAUGCAGAAGAGAAAGAAAUAUCGUCUUCCGAAGGUUUCUCCAGUGCAAUGACCAUAAUUGGGGACCGACGGAAUAAGGAAGCUGCAGAAAAGAAAGCAAAAGAAAAAGAACUUUUGAAAGUUUCAAUAAACAAGGAAGAUGUGGAAAUUAUAAUGAAGGAAAUGGAAAUCAACAGAAAUUUGGCAGAACAAACUUUAAGGGAACACAGAGGAGAAGUUGUGGAAGCAUUAAUUACUUUAACUAGUUGAAAUUUUACUUAAGACAUUUUAUAAUAUAGGAAAAUAUAAGAUCACGAAUGACAAAACUUCUAGUGUAUAAAUUGUUUAAUAUCAAAAUCCGAUUCAUUUUGUUAUCAUCAAGAAAAUCACUUAUUCCAAGGAGUAAUAAAACUGAUUGUUGAAUCGUUUUCUUAUAAAUUUCAGUGGUUUUAGUUUUCCACUCUAUUUUUUUACGUGUAUAUCUAAUUAUUUGGGUGUCAAGGUAAAAUAAUAACAUAGUUUUUAUAAUGAAAAUGUAAUUUAUUUGAUGUGGUGCAAUGACUUAAAAUAAUGGAAAAAUGAAUGUAUGAGCUGGUUCUGAUGAGCAGUGCUUUGCACCAGGGACUGCCGUUGUCGUAAUGUUCUUAACAAAAGGCUUCAAAGUUAAAUGCAACAUAAACAUGGAAGUGCAUUGGACAAAGAAACAUCGGCAAUCCAUAGUUCACUAGUACUGAUUUCCAUGAUGAGGUAACAUUUGUCUUACUUGUACUUAGUUUAUCAAAUUAUCCAGUCAUACGCUCAUAUAUUCUUGCUGCAGAUCGGUGUCAUUAAACAAUAACUUUCAUUCGAACAAUAUUACCAUUUAAGAAGAUCGUUGAUUAUUACAAAAUUUUUCAUUAUUUGUCGGACAGUCCCAGAAUAUAUAAUUAUCAUACAAAUAAAUGAAAAUUCAAAUUAUA